UUGACAUUCGUACCCGUCCCCACACGAUUCCGAUUACGAUUAGCCCCACCUUCAUCUUCAUCAUUAGGAUCUUCCAAGCAUCAGAGCCUGUGAUUGGAGCUCUGAUUUCCAUAAAGCUUCAACCGUGGCUCCCUCAGGCAGCCAACAGCAGCAUCAGCAACAAAAUCUCUCUCGAAGGAAACCCACUUCCGGGUCAUCAUCUUUUUCUUCUUCGUAUUCGGCUCAACAAAUUUCUCCCCCGACUCGAAUAGUUUAUCGAGAACCGUCUUCCAAGUCCGAUCUCAGUUUGCUCUUUUGGCAAACUACCUGGUUCAUUGGCUUACUUUUACUAAUGGCAAUCUCAUUUUUCGGUCUCGCCAUUUUCCUUUUUCUUACCCUUGACUCCGAUUUCACCUCUUCCCUCGUCUCUGCCACUUCUGAAGGCAUCCAGAUUACUUAUGGGUCAGUGACCAAGUUGAUGCAUGGGAGAACAAAGUUUAGGCUGCAUUCGCAUGAUGUACCAUAUGGCUCUGGUAGUGGGCAGCAGUCCGCCACUGGUUUUCCCAACGUUGAUGACUCAAACAGCUAUUGGAUUGUUAGACCUGUAUCAGAUACCAAUGCCCAACAAGGGGAUACAAUCAAAGGUGGUACCAUCAUCAGGCUGCAACACAUGAGGACCAGAAAAUGGUUACAUAGCCACAUGCUAAAUAUUCAUAAUUGAUUCUACAAUAAUGUACUGCCUUGGUUCCGGUAGCAUUUGAUAGAAGAACUUUCAGCCUACAAGAUACAAGUGAGCUGUUGAGAGUCGAUUGACUUUCUUGAUGUGUAAUUCAUGUCGUGUAAAUGAACGCUAGUUACGCUUUUAGCUCCUUCUCAUUAGCUUACCAUUUGUCAGGUAUGUCUGGAUAUCUGUACGG